AUGACAUUCUCGGCUCUAGUAGUGUUGGUACUCCUAACCGGAGCAGCUCGGUCGGAUAGACUGAGAAGCGACUUGGUUCGCAGCGAUUCGAUCCUGGACUUUAUGAACAUCAGCAGGGGCGAACAAUACCCCGACAGGGCCCAGGACGAGCAGCCGGGCUUUCUCAGUGUAGACACCCUCCUGGAUCGCCUGCAGAGCGCCCUUAAGCAGUGGGUGAUCGGAUUGCCCCUGGACCUGGGCUUUUCCACCUUCAACUACAUCUGCAGCACCAUCGUGGAUCUGGGGGUGCUGCAGUCCAAGGUCGUUCCGGACAUGUCCCGGAUGAGCUUCUUCCUCCUCACCGAGGACGCCGACUGCCUGAAUGUCAGUGUUCCGCUCACCCGGGCCGAGGACUUGUGGACGACGCCGGGAUUCCGUCAGGAUCGGCCCUCGGUCCUCUACAUUACGGGCUUCAAGACGAACAUCAACGACUCGGGCGCCGGGCCGGUGGCGAAGGCCUACGCCUGCCGCGCGGACACCAACUUCAUGGUGCUGGACGCCGCCUACUUCCUGGACACCCUCUACUCCUGGUCGGCCCUGAACACGGAGGCCAUCGGGGAGUACGUGGCCAAGGCCCUGCUCCGCCUGCCCGACCAGGAGUACGUGCUGGAAAUGUUCCACCUGGUGGGCCACAGCCUGGGCGCCCAGAUAGCCGGUUCGACGGGACGGAACUACCGGCAGCUGUCCGGCGGUAAGCUCCUGAAGCGGGUGACCGGCCUGGAUCCGGCCAAUCCCUGCUUCUACGACGGCAACGACCUGGAAGGGGUGAGGAGCGGGGACGCCCGCUUCGUGGACAUCAUUCACACGAAUCCCGGAAUGCUGGGCACCUCGAAGCGGGCCGGGGACGCGGAUUUCUUCGUGCAGGGCCGGCUGCCCUUCAAGCGGGGCUGCCUCGGACUGGACGCCCUCUCCUGCUCCCACACCCGGGCGGUGCAGUACUACCUGGAGUCAGUGUACCCCACGAAUGGGAAUGAUUUCCUGGGGAAGCGAUGCGGAAAGUAUGCGGACCUCUACACGGGAAUACUCUGCGACAGCUCGGACACAGUGAUGGGCUAUGGAGCGGAUCCGUCGCACUUGGGACUGUUCUACGUGGACGUGAAUGGAGCGGAGCCCUACGGCCAGAACGCCAACCCGGAGACGUACACCUACACGAGUGCCGAGUGCGGCAAUUGCAGGGGAUGA